AUGGCCUCGAGUAUGAACACAUCGACGAUAGUCACGAUAUCGAUCGGCACCGUCGUCACUGGUCUACUAGCAUACGCCAUCUACUUCGACUACCGCCGCCACAACGACGCCUCCUUCCGUAAAAACCUCAAACGCGAGUCGCGAAGACAAGCGCGCCUCCAAAAAGAAGAAUCUCUCCAACAAGGCCAAAAACAAAAAGAAGAAAUCCGAUCCCUAGUCCGGGAAGCAGUAGAGGAGGGCUUUCCCACCGACCUCGAGGAGCGGGAGGCAUACUUUAUGCAGCAGAUCGCGCAGGGCGAGCAAUUGGCUGGCGAGGGCUCCGACCCAAUAGCAGCAGCACUCUGCUUCUACAAAGGACUCAAAGUCUACCCGGAGCCAACAUCUCUGAUUGGUAUUUACGAAAACACUGUUCCCAAAGAAGUCCAAGAGAUCCUGGCCGUCAUGGUAUCACAAGACAAAAGCUUGAAGGUCGGCAGUUUCGGCGCGGACAAGGAUGACAGUGACGGCCAUGUAGAAUAG